UGCUGAUGACGUUUUUUGUUGUGGUAUUUUUUUGCCCGAUUACCGAGUUUUUUAUCAUAAACAGUCCAUUUUUACAAUUAUAUUGCGAUUUACAAAUAAAUUAAAUUUUUAGUGAUUAGUUAUAUACUAUCAAGAAUGACGGAAGUUCUAUCUGUCGAAGAAAACAGGCAAGAUCGAGUGAAUACGAUCCUAAGUGGCUUUCAGAUAAAUUGGAUGAACCUCCGUGAUGCUGACACAGGUAAAAUAUUAUGGCAACAUAAUGAAGAUAUGUCCAAUCCUGAUGUAGAACAUGAAGCGAGGGUACCCAAGAGAAUACUGAAGUGCCGAGUUGUCUCCCGAGAGAUGAACUUUAGUUCUAUUGAAACUAUGGAUCGAUUUCGUUUAGAACAGAAAGUGCUGUUCAAAGGGCGAUGUCUUGAGGAAUGGUUCUUUGAUUUCGGAUAUGUGAUAGCAAAUUCAACUAACACAUGGCAAUCUAUUAUCGAAUCCGCUCCGGAGUCACAGAUGAUGCCCGCUAAUGUGUUGAAUGGCAAUGUUGUGAUCGAGACUAAAUUCUUCGACGGUGAUCUCCAUAUAACUACUUCCAGAGUGAGGCUGUUUUAUGUCUAAACACGUAUUGUGAUAUACGCAUUUAUUGGAUUCAAUCCACAACUUCAAUGCAUUUCACAUAUUAUCAGUCUUUUAUAUGUAUUCAUAUUAAUUUUAGUAUAUUGGUUACAAAAUCACUAGCUCUCGGCACUUUCCAUGUUUUUACACGACAUAGUAUGUAGUACUCGAAUUAGAAAACUUAGUUUUAAGAUAAAACUUUCUUCUGUCAAUUAUUCCGAUAUUUUGUUCAUUGAAAUUGUAAUUAAGUUUUUAUAAAGCAUUUUUUUAUACUUUUAAAGAUGUAACUAUGCACAAAAAUUGCUGCAGGCAGCGAAAUACGUUUGAAAUAUUUUACUAUUUAUGUUAUAUUCAGGCUUUUAAUCUUUUUGUUCUGAAUUUCGGGACUUUUUCACGAGAUGAGAGCUUUUAGUAUAUGUUUUAAAUUUGCAAAUAUAUAGAUUAAUUUUAAUUAGUUUGACGCAAGCCAUGGGCAUCGUAAAGGGAGUAGGUAUAGUUGACCCCUUUUAAGACCUACCUUAGUAUUAUCUGGCGAUACACGCAAGCUACCAAAUGUUACCAAAUGUCUGAUUUUAGCAUAUAAAUUUAAAUGGCUUUUAUAAUUUGUUCUCUAAGUACAUCUCCUGUUUACAAUCAUUUGUUUAACAAAGCAAACGGGUGCAUUGUAAUAUGUAAUAAUUUAAUAAAUUUUUAAUUCCAAAA